AUGAAGAUUAAUUUAUAUAAAAAUUGUUUAUCAAUACUACUAUUUUAUAUAUUGCAAUAUAUAUUAUUAAUAAAUGGAACACCAAGUGCCUCAAGUGUCUCAAAUUGGUCUACACAAUUAGAAAAUGCCUUUCAAAAAUUUUUUUCAGAAAUUGGUCAACCAGAUUCUAUAAUUGAAAGGUACCAAAAAUAUGCUGAAUCAAAAAUUUUUGAUCCACGUUCUGAAUUAAAAAAGAUAAAAAAAGAAAUAGAAAAAUAUAUGGGUCAUCGUGCAAAAUUAGCAUGGCAAGCAAAAUCUAGUCUUCAAGCAAAAGCAUUACCACAACUUAAUGCAACUAGAGUAAAUGAUCCUUCAGAUUCACAAUUUAUUAGAUAUAUGAAUGCAAAAUUAGAUUCUGAUGGUACAGUAGUAUAUAAAGAUGGUGCUGAAAGAGUCGCAAUACAUAUAAAUAGCACAAGACGUUUCCAGUACCAUGUUAAUACAAAUUUUUAUGGUUUAAAAACAAGUUUUGAAGCUAGUGCUGUUCAUUUUCCUACACCUGUAUAUAAUAGACAACCAGAUUUAUUAAUGCAAGUUUUAUGGUCAGAUAUUGAUCAAUUUUAUCAAAAAAAUAAAGAAAGAGUUAAAGAUUUAUUUUUUCAAAGUUUUUGUUCAGAAAGUGGUUUUUUAAGGUAUUUUCCAGCAUCACCAUGGAAAUUUGAUAAUGAACCAUCAAGAUUAGAUCUUUAUGAUUGUCGUAAUACAGAGUGGUUUUUAGCAUCAGCAACAAUGCCAAAAAGUAUUAUUAUAAUGUUAGAUUUAUCAGGUUCAAUGUUAGGACAAAGAUUUGAAAUAGCUAAACAAACUGUAGAAACAAUAUUAGAAACAUUAAGUGAUAAUGAUUAUUUUAAUAUUAUUCCAUUUUCUAAAACAGCUAAUCUUUUAGGAACAUGUGAUGACGAUAAUUUAUUAUUACAAGCUACAUUAAGAAAUAAAAAAAUAUUACGAUCUAAAUUAUCUGCAGUUGUUUCUGAAGGCAAAGCAGAUUAUGAGGUAGCUUUAGCUAAAGCUUUCUCAACAAUAUUAAAUCUUACAAAUGAGUUAACAUGGAAAACAAAAGAAGAAUAUGGAAAUGAAUUGCUUUUGGGUAAAGGAAAUGUUAGCUUACGUGAAAAAUGCUUUACUCUUGAGGAUCACGUUGUAUGUGGUGAUCCAGCUUAUUUUGAACAUAUAACUAAUAUGAAUGAUCCAUCAAAAAAUAAAAAUAUUGGUUGCAAUAAUGCAAUAAUGUUAAUUACUGAUGGUGCACCUGGUUAUUAUAAAGAAAUUUUUGAAUUAUACAAUAAAGAUAGGCGGGUUAGAUUUUUUUCAUUUUUAAUAGGUGAAGAAGCUGUUGAUUUUGAUCAAGUAAAAUGGAUGGCUUGUAUAAAUAGAGGUUUUAUGGUACAUAUUAAUAAUAUGGCAGAUGUUCAUGAAAAAGUACAACAUUAUAUAAAAGUUAUGUCAAGAUCUGUAGGGUAUAUAGCAUCAAAUAUUAAAGAAGAAGAUGCUAUUUGGAGUGGAAUACAAUUAGAACGUGUAAGUAAUAAAUUUGUUACAACAGUUGGUUAUCCUGUUAUAUUAAAUGAUGAUGUUAUGGGUGUAUCAUCAGUUAGUAUUCCUUUAACGGAAUUAAAUCAAUUUGCUACACCAUCAAUGAUUGGUGCUAAAAGUCAUUUUUUUAUGUUAGAUAAUAAUGGAUAUGUUGUGAUACAUCCACAAUUAACACCUUUUGAACCAGAUACAGAAAAAUUAAAAUCUGGAUAUAAUAAUAUGGAUUUAGUUGAAAUUGAAGUUUUAUCACAAGAUAAAAUUGAUUUAGAUGAAACACAUAUUUUUACAUGUGAUAAUACUGAAACACCAACAUGGAGUGUUUUAUAUGCUGUUGAAAAUAUGAAACGUGUAUAUCCUCAAGUAAAUAAAUAUUAUACAGAAUGUAUAAAUAAUACUGAAUUUAUAAUUGGUUUUGCAAUUGGUGAAGGUGAUGAAAAAAGAAUUGAACAUAAAAAUAAUAAAAUAGAUUAUUCUAAUGUUGAUAUAUCAUGGUUUGUUAAUACAAAUUUUGUUAUUCAUCCAGAAUGGAGAUAUUGUUUACUUAAUGAUUCUGAUUAUGAUAUAACACCAGAAGAUGCAUUAAAAAAUUAUGCUUUAGAAAUGAAAAGAUCUGGUAAAUUACCAGAAUUAUGUAAAAGUAGAGAAUAUUUAGUUAAUCAAGUAUUAUUAGAUGCUCAAGCAACAAAAGAUUUAAAAGAAAUAUGGCAACAAAAAUGGGCUGAACAUCUUGAAGAUAGAAUAAAUUUAGUUUUUUUUGCUACACCAUCAGGUUUAAUAAGAUAUUAUGAUGAAAAUGUUGAAGGUUUUAAAUAUUUAUCUGAUAUUGAUAAUACUACAGAAAGACAAAAUUAUCUUCAUAAACAUUUUAUUAAAGAUUUUCAUAGAAAAUCAACAGAAGAAGCAUGGUAUAAAAGAGCUGUUAGAAUGAAAGAAAGAAUUGUUAUUGAUAUUAAUCCAAAAUAUCAAAUACAAUAUGAUGGUACAAAAGAAACUGCUUAUAAAAUGUAUGAAAAUAGUACAAUUUUAGCUCAUGCAUAUAAAGCAAUUUAUUAUGAUGGUGCUGUUGUUGGUGUUUUAGGAAUUGAAUUUGAUUAUGAUUAUAUUGUAGGAACAAUAGAUAAAAUAGGUUGUGGUCCUAAUUCACGAAAUAAUUGGUGUUUCUUAUUAGAUGAACAUGGUUAUAUUAUAUACAGUAGUAAAGGAAAUACUACAUUUUCCUCAUAUCUAAAACCAGGAUCAUUAGAUUCACGCAAUAAAGAUAAUGUUCUUGGAAAAUGGUUUGGUAGAGUAAAUAGAGUUACUGAGGCAGCAAUGAAAAAAUUAACAGACCCAAAAUAUAAUUAUUAUAGUGUAAAUAAAUUUGUUGAUUACCAAGCAGUAUGUAUAAAAGAAAAACCAGUAGUUGCUCAUGCAAGUAUUUUACCAGUAUCACCACUUAAAAAUUUUAUAAAUAUAAUUACAUGGUUUGUUAAAAGUAUUGUCAAAUUGGCUAAAACAAUUAAUCUUCCAUUUAUUUUAAAUAUGUUUGAUGCCGCUAAAGCUAAUGGAUAUACACCAUCAUUUCAAAAAACAGAAAAUAAUUCAUAUGCAUGUGAAAAAGAGUCACCAUUUUUUAUAGCAAAUUUUGAUAAAAAACAUGAGACAUAUCCAAGUUUAAAUGAAAAGAAUACUUAUGACAGACCAUGCACAAAUCAUGGUAACUGUGCUAUUAAAUUAUAUGCAUCAUGGGUACAUGGAACUAAUUUACUUCUUGUUUCAAUUGUAAAUACACCAGAAUCUAAUUGUUAUGAUGAGACACAAUGUGCUAUACAGGAUGACAAAGAUUUAAAAUUUGAAUUUAAAGUUAAAACAGAUCCAGGUGAUUUAGGUGUAACAACCCCUUUACCAACCUCAACAACAGAAGGUGAUAGUGGUAUAAAACCAAAAAAGAUAGAUAUAAUUGCGAGUAAUUUAAAUAACAUCUUGUCAGCCAAAACAACACCAAUGCCAAAUCUUGCACUUUCAACUCCAAUUGAUAAAAAAUUUUUCAAAUGUAAAAAGUCACCAAGUAAAAGGAGAAUAAAAGCCAUUGAAACAUGUAGUGCUUUUAAUGUAUCAUUUUUUGAAGCAGCGCAACCGUGUUCUGGUGAGAUAAAGGUACCGGUUUACGGAAGUAAUUUAAUCUUAACAAUAUUUUUAUACUGGAUACUUACAACAUUUUACUGGUAG